CAUCACCAAAAGUUGGGAGGAUUGAAGUUACGUGUUCGGGAUGAAAAGUGUCACCGGGACUCGAGAUUGACUAAUGAAAGGCAUCUGGGGUCUAUGCGAAAGAAUGUCUAUAAAGAUGCUAUCCCUUCCGCUUCAAAGAAACACAUCAGCAUCAUACUGUUCCCAAAUAAAAUUCAAUCAUACGUAGAAGUCAAUCAAUAUGGUCAAAAUCGCUAUUGCAGGAGCCUCGAGCGAGCUCGCUAGAGAAAUCCUCGACAGACUUGUUGCUACUGGGAAGCACUAUAUUAUUGCACUUGUCCGCAAGGAACCAUCUGCCUUUCCCGAGCUCCCAGGCGUCACCUGGGUUCAGACUGAUUACAAAGACAAGUCAGAACUUGUUGAGUUGUUUCGCGGCGUUGAAACCGUUCUCUCGUUCAUUGCCGUCCACUUGGACCCGGGUAAUGUGACCCAGAAGCGGAUUAUUGACGCAGCUGUUGAAGCUGGCGUUAAACGAUUCGCCCCGUCUGAGUGGGCAACAGGAGCCAAACUCGCAGAUUCACUCGACGUCAUGUCCUGGUAUAGUGGCAAGAUCGAUAUCAGAGACUAUCUAAAGAGCCUGAACUCUGAGAAAAAGGUCCUCGAGUAUACACUCUUUCAACCCGGCGGCUUCAUGGAUUACCUUUGUCACCCAUACAAGACUGCAAAGUACAUCACCACCACCACCGUCAACAUCGAUUUCGUCAAGAAACAUGCGAUAGUUGUGGAAGGUACCCUUGACGAUGAGAUAACGUACACAAGGGUCUCAGACAUUGCCAACAUCGUCACCCGGGCUAUUGACCUUAAAAGCGAAUGGCCAGUGAUCGGAGGUAUCAGCGGUGAUCGAAGUACCAUUCGCCAGCUUCUGAAAAUUGGAGAAGAACUUCGAGGAGAACCUUUUGCUACUGAGUGGCUCAAGAUGGAGGACCUCGCAGCUGGAGAACUCAAGACGGAUAAUUACCCCCGACUUCCACUGCCAUCUGUCCCUCAGGACCAGGUGGAAGCUUUCUCAAAGAUGGUGGUUAUCGGAACACUGACGGCUUUUCAUCGUGGAGCUUGGACUGUCUCAGAUGAAUGGAAUCAGACAUUCCCUGACUAUAAGUUUACGAAGGUUGAGGAGCUGUUGAAAUCGGCAUGGGAGGGCAAGAACUAAGCGAUCAACUUCAUCGACCUGGCAUACAAGACAAAGACUGCCCAAACGGCACCCUGGACUUGGCAGCGCGUGAGGAUGAACUUGCUUGAACCAGAGAAACACCAGUUAACCCAUCAAGACUGAAACGAAAUGAAGCGAAGGGUAGAUAUCGG